CGUCCCCUGGAGAGGGGCCGCGCGCCGAAGGGAGCGCGGGGGAGCCGAGCUCAGCCCCUGCGCCCCCAAGAGUCUUGAGCGCUCAGACGACCUCUGCGUCCCGCAACCCCGGACCCGGAUCCCGGGAGCGCCCGGUCGGCGGCGCCGAAGCGGAGCUCGGCCGCGUGUGCCCGGUGCCGCCCGGCCGGCUGCAGCGGAGGGACCCGGAGCCGCCGGGCGGCGGGGGCCAGGCCGAGGAUAAGGCGGAGGAGGCAGUCGGGAGAGCUGAGUGCCGGGGUAGCCCAGCGCCGGAGGCCCCCCGGACCGCGCUCCGUGCGCCUCUUGCGGAUUCCCUGUGAGGAGCCCCUGCUGGUGCACCAGACCUACUGGGGGCUACCUGCCCAACUGCCCCAGACUCCGGCAGUGGGGCCCCCGAUGGCAGUGGGCACCUCCCUGUGAAACUUGCCAAGCUGGACGCCACAGCUCUGCACGACGACACUUUGGCCAGCUCUGUGCCCGCUUCGGAGGUGUGCAACCAUGCAGUCCUAGCCUGCAGCCCGGGCAUCCCCGAGGAACACUAUAUAAGUGAGGCUGUGGAAGAUGCUCCCAGCUCCAGAGGGUACCGGGAUGCCUGCACCAUUACCGAUGUGUGCAACAGCACCGACCUUCCGGAAGUCGAGAUCAUUAGCCUGCUGGAGGAGCAGCUGCCCCAUUAUAAGUUAAGAGCCGAUACCAUCUACGGUUAUGACCACGACGACUGGCUCCAUACACCUCUCAUUUCUCCAGAUGCCAACAUCGACCUCACAACCGAGCAAAUUGAAGAGACACUGAAAUACUUCCUUUUAUGUGCUGAAAGAGUUGGCCAGAUGACUAAGACAUAUAAUGACAUAGAUGCUGUUACUCGCCUUCUUGAGGAGAAAGAGCGGGAUUUAGAGUUGGCUGCUCGGAUCGGCCAGUCAUUGUUGAAGAAGAACAAGACACUAACUGAGAGGAACGAGCUUCUGGAGGAGCAAGUGGAACACAUCAGGGAGGAGGUGUCUCAGCUCCGGCAUGAGCUGUCCAUGAAAGAUGAGCUGCUUCAGUUCUACACCAGCGCUGCGGAGGAGAGCGAGCCUGAGUCCGUCUGCUCAACCCCGUUGAAGAGGAAUGAGUCAUCCUCCUCAGUCCAGAACUACUUCCAUCUGGAUUCUCUUCAGAAGAAGCUGAAAGACCUUGAAGAGGAGAACGUGGUACUUCGAUCCGAGGCCUCCCAGCUGAAGACAGAGACCAUCACCUACGAGGAGAAGGAGCAGCAGCUGGUCAACGACUGCGUGAAGGAGCUGCGAGAUGCCAAUGUCCAGAUUGCCAGUAUCUCAGAGGAAUUGGCCAAGAAAACUGAAGAUGCUGCCCGACAGCAAGAGGAGAUCACACACCUGCUGUCACAAAUCGUUGAUUUGCAGAAAAAGGCAAAAGCUUGCACGGUGGAAAAUGAAGAACUCGUCCAGCACCUGGGAGCUGCUAAGGAUGCCCAGCGGCAGCUCACGGCUGAACUGCGUGAGCUGGAGGACAAAUAUGCAGAGUGCAUGGAGAUGCUUCAUGAGGCGCAAGAGGAGCUGAAGAACCUCCGGAACAAAACCAUGCCCAACACCACCUCCCGGCGCUACCAUUCCCUGGGCCUGUUUCCCAUGGACUCCUUGGCAGCAGAGAUCGAGGGAACAAUGCGCAAGGAACUGCAGCUGGAAGAGCCCGAGUCUCCAGACAUCACUCACCAGAAGCGUGUCUUUGAGACGGUGAGAAACAUCAACCAGGCCGUCAAGCAGAGGUCUCUGACCCCUUCCCCCAUGAACAUCCCUGGCUCUAACCAGUCCUCAGCAAUGAACUCCCUCCUGUCCAGCUGCGUCAGCACCCCCCGGUCCAGCUUCUACGGCAGCGAUGUUGGCAACGUUGUACUUGACAAUAAGACCAACAGCAUUAUCUUGGAAACAGAGGCAGCAGACCUGGGAAACCAGGAGCGGAGUAAGAAGCCCGGGACGCCGGGCACGCCGGGCUCCCACGACCUGGAGACGGCGCUGCGGCGGCUGUCCCUGCGCCGGGAGAACUACCUCUCGGAGAGGAGGUUCUUCGAGGAGGAGCAGGAGCGGAAGCUGCGGGAGCUGGCGGAGAAGGGCGAGCUGCGCAGCGGCUCCCUCACGCCCACCGAGAGCAUCAUGUCCCUGGGCACGCACUCCCGCUUCUCCGAGUUCACCGGCUUCUCCGGCAUGUCCUUCAGCAGCCGCUCCUACCUGCCCGAGAAACUGCAGAUCGUGAAGCCGCUGGAAGGUUCUGCCACCCUUCACCACUGGCAGCAAUUGGCCCAGCCUCACCUUGGGGGCAUCCUGGACCCCCGUCCUGGUGUGGUCACCAAGGGCUUCCGGACACUGGACGUUGACCUGGAUGAAGUGUACUGCCUUAACGACUUUGAAGAAGAUGACACAGGUGACCACAUUUCUCUCCCGGGCCUAGCUACCUCUACGCCAGUUCAGCACCCAGAGACCUCAGGUGAGAGGUCGCGAGCACACGUGACUGUCUCAGGCAGCAGAAGUUACCCAAGCCGGCCUCAGGCUUCCUCAGAGGAGAUGCAGGAGCCGCCAACGGCCACGGAGGAGGAGGAGGAGGAGGAGGGGUCUGCACACCACCCUGGGAAGUGCAUGUCACAGACCAACUCCACCUUCACCUUUACCACCUGUCGAAUCCUGCAUCCUUCAGAUGAGCUCACUCGGGUCACACCAAGCCUUAACUCAGCCCCAACUCCAGCUUGUGGCAAUGGUAGCCACUUGAAAUCCACGCCGGUGGCCACACCGUGCACUCCACGGAGACUGAGCCUGGCUGAAUCCUUCACUAAUAUCCGUGAGUCCACGACCACCAUGAGCACAUCCCUAGGGCUUGUGUGGCUGUUGAAAGAGCGGGGCAUUUCUGCGGCUGUUUAUGACCCUCAGAGCUGGGACAGGGCCGGCCGGGGUUCCCUCCUGCACUCCUACGCUCCCAGGAUGGCUGUGAUCCCCUCCACCCCGCCAAACUCGCCUAUGCAGACGCCCACAUCCUCCCCGCCCUCCUUUGAGUUCAAGUGCACAAGCCCUCCCUAUGACAACUUCCUGGCCUCCAAGCCGGCAAGCUCCAUCCUGAGGGAGGUGAGGGAGAAGAAGAACGUCCGCAGCAGUGAGAGCCAGACAGACGUGUCUGUCUCCAACCUCAACCUCGUGGACAAAGUCAGGCGGUUUGGGGUGGCCAAAGUGAUGAACUCAGGGCGACCCCAUGUCCCCACAUUGACUGAGGAGCCAGGACCUCUCCUCUGUGGGCCCCCGGGGCCCGCACAAGCCCUUGUCCCUGGAGGCCUGGUACCCGAGAGCCUGCCUCUUGGAUGCCCCACGGUCACUAGUGCCAUCGGCGGGCUGCAGCUCAGCAGCGGUAUCCGACGGAAUCGCAGCUUCCCCACCAUGGUGGGGUCCAGCAUGCAGAUGAAAGCCCCUGUGACUCUCACCUCGGGCAUCUUGAUGGGUGCUAAGCUCCCCAAACAAACUAGCUUACGGUGAGGAUGGGGGGGCUUGUUGCCCUAGAGGAGACCAGCACUCUCCCAUCUUGUACCCCACCCCCUCUUCCCCUCCAGUGCGCUGUCUCCCUCUUCUCUCCUCUGCCCAUCCCCUCCUGAACUACACAAAUCAACCUCGUGCCUAAUAGAGGAAGAGUGAAAACUCUGUAAAAUGUGUAUAUAGGACUUGGGGACCUCAUUUCUGCCCUGCUCUUUCUUCAGAUCCCACAGGAAGCACCCCUGUGCUGGCAUCACUCUCAUGAGGACUCUGCCUCUGCUCACCCGGGGGUAGGGGGUCCUUUUCUUCUUUCCUUUUGAGAAGCACUGAAACUCCCAAGUGUGUUCUUAUCCCAUGGAUAGGAAACCAGUGAAUCCCGUCGUUGACCACCUGUGUCACACACAAUGAGCUGUCAGGGCUCGGGUCAUAAUGCGUCUGGGUGUCGUCCGACACCCUGUCUCGCCCACCCUGUGAGAGCGUAAGGAGCCUCCGUCCUCAGCCACCUGCCGCUGAUGUAGCGUUCAUAUCGGAGAGCUUUUUUCUUUCAUGGGUGGCCCAGCUUCUUCAAGACCUUCACUACUCUGCCUCAAAGGACAGUCGUUUCUUUUGUGAGGUGUGACCUGUUCUUUUCAUGCCUUCAACUUGAAGUCAUCCUGUGUUCUAUAAUCAGCUGUCAGGCCACGCGUCUGACCUGAGAGAGAAUGUAUUUACACUCCUGCUGCAUUUGUUCAGCAGCCCCUUCCAUGUUCUGUGUAAUUUGUUUUAUUUUUCCAUUUUUUUUUAUAUGCAGGGAAGUAAUGGUACUGGUAAUGUAUGUGUUCUAUAUGGUUCUAUGACACCGAAAUAUAAGUUUCAAACACACCACGCUGCUCCUGAGAUAGCAACUUACUUCUGGGACUCAGUGUCACAACCAAAUUGAUUUAAGACCAGACCCAAGACAACUUCAGCAAUAGGAUUAAAAGGAAAGAGCGUAGGGAAAAAGCUUCUCAAAUUUGUCAAUAGUAAAAGUAAAGGGGAAGAACUACAUGCAGAUGAAAUCCUCGGCUGGUUCCAGGGAGAAGUAAGACCUGGCGUGCUGCUGGCUCCCGCCCCUUCUCUGGAAUUCAGGGACGGCCCGUGGGCUUUUGCUGCACAGUCUUUUGUGGCAGCCAGUGACUGGCCACGUGUUGCCCUCUGGUUUCAGAACAGUGAAUGGUCGCAAGGGUCACAACAAUAUUUUUUUCUCCCCUCCCAAGCCCCCUCUCCAAGCCUUUUAUCUCCUUGUACUACUUUUUAUCCUUAGGAAAAGACAGAGGUGCUUGCGAAAAGAACCACAAACAAACAAGGGAGCCUGAUCCUGUUGCUGUCACUGAUUAAGUUUUAAACUCUUAUUUAUUAUCUGUGUGUGCUGUAUUUUAAACAAACAUCCUCUCUCCUUCCAGCUCCAGACAUCGUGUGUCUGUGGCAUUCCAAUCCAAGCAUUUAAUUUAUUUAUUCUAAUCUGAGGACUGCACUUUACAUCCUGGUGGUCCACGACCCCUUGUUCCAGACAUUCACAGAAGGAAAACAUCCUGUGUAACUGAAACUGUCAUUGUGUCCUCUGCCCUGCAGAAGAUGUGCCCUUCAGUUAGCUGAGGAUAACUCCGUGUCCACCAAGGAUACUGUGAGAAAGUCCCCAAGGAGCAGGCUUCAGUCCCACUAUUUCAAACCUAUUUAUUCUCUAAAAACAAAAGAGUGUUGGUUAAUUAUGUUCUCGAUUCUCCUUGCUGUUGUAUGUGUGCGCUCACUGCGAGUAACUUAUAUCUUUUUAUUUGAAUGUAUUUCAAAACAGUAAGUAGAAUAACAAAGGAAUAGGAAAACUAUGGACUGAAUGGACCACUUUAUGUCUUCAGAGAGAGGAGCCACUUAUCACCAGAAAUACCAUGUAAAAAUCAGCAAUUCGGAGGUUGCCGUAUUUAGCAUAGUAAUAAAUGACCAACCUGUGCAACCACUACCAAAAGUGUGUUGUAAUGCAUCAAAAAUCAACAGUAAAAUUUUAUUCGCUAAUGAGUAUCAAUAAAAUAAGUUCAAAUGAUGGAAACCA